AGGUGAAGGCAUCAGACAAAUACUGCUACGAGAAACUGAACAUCGAAGGGACGGAGAAGGGUAACUGUGGGAAAGACAAAGACACAUGGAUUCAGUGCAACAAACGGGACGUGCUCUGCGGUUACCUGUUGUGCACUAACGUCGGUAACAUCCCACGGCUCGGAGAGCUCGAUGGUGAGAUCACGUCUGCCGUGGUUGUGCAGCAGGGGAGGACGUUAAACUGCAGUGGCGGACAUGUGAAGCUGGAAGAAGACGUGGAUCUUGGCUAUGUGGAGGAUGGGACACCAUGUGGUCCCCAAAUGAUGUGCUUAGAACACAGGUGCCUUCCCGUGGCGUCUUUCAACUUCAGCACUUGCUUAAGCAGUAAAGAAGGCACUGUCUGUUCAGGAAACGGAGUGUGCAGUAACGAGCUGAAGUGUGUGUGUAACAGGCACUGGACAGGUGCUGACUGUAACACUUACUUCCCUCACAAUGAUGACACAAAGGCUGGGAUCACUCUGUCUGGUAAUGGUGUAGCUGGCACCAAUAUCAUAAUAGGCAUAAUAGCUGGCACCAUUUUAGUGCUGGCCCUUAUAUUAGGAAUAACUGCAUGGGGAUAUAAAAACUAUCGAGAACAGAGACAGUUACCCCAGGGAGAUUAUGUAAAAAAGCCUGGAGAUGGUGACUCUUUUUAUAGCGACAUUCCUCCCGGAGUCAGCACAAACUCAGCAUCUAGUUCUAAGAAGAGGUCCAAUGGGCUCUCUCACUCAUGGAGUGAAAGGAUUCCAGACACAAAACAUAUUUCAGACAUCUGUGAAAAUGGACGACCUCGAAGUAACUCUUGGCAAGGUAACCUGGGAGGCAACAGAAAGAAAAUCAGAGGCAAAAGAUUUAGACCUCGAUCUAACUCAACUGAGAGGGAGCCCCAAGCACCUGAGCCUGGGCACUCCCUCGCCCAGACAGUCCCAUCCCAAGGCAUAAGCCCAGGGGGCUCUGACAGCCCCCAGACAGGGAGUCUGGAUCACAGCUCCCAAGAUGGCCAACGUCAGGAAGACAGGACUUUAUCUCCCGCCAAGUCUCCUUCGUCAUCAACUGGGUCCAUUGCCUCCAGCAGAAAAUACCCUUAUCCAAUGCCUCCGCUUCCAGACGAGGAGAAGAAAGUGAAACCGACAAAGUGCCAGGCUAUGGGAGACGUCCAUUUAAGAUCAACUGUUUACAUGUGACACAUCGAAACUGUUUACUCCAACUUUUAUAGAAACUCAGUCUCACAGAAUCACUGCACAUCGAUUGCUCUUCAGACAAUACGGAGACACUCUGGGAAGCCACCAGGAGAGGAAGCCAAAUCUCACAUCUGGAUACCAGUUUCUUUUUGUCAUUGCCAUAGCAUUGAACUGAACCACGCCCAGAACUACUGAGAUGCCCCAGUAUGACGUGGGGCAGCCAAGGUGCCGGUAUGUGACUGCAUAAUCCGCAUGACAGAUCUAUGUAGAAAUACCAAUAAAACUAACUCACUUGACCCAAAUGUAGCAAGUUUCCUAAGGGACAGAAGUGGAUUCAGAACCUGACAUUCAUUGUACACAGCAGCGCUGAAUGCAUGGAGCUUCUGUUUAUUGCUUUCCACAUUUCAGGAGACAGCCUCCCAUCGUCAAAACUAGCAUGCAGGGCUCAGCAGCAGGCUUUUCUGCAGGACUCGAGUGCUUUCAGAGGCCAGCAUCCCCUAUGCUAACUCUAAACAUGUAUUUUUACCUUUUUUUUUUUACUUCUCGUAUUUAUAUCAGCACACAAGGACAACUGUACAUAUGUAAACAUUUUUAAAAAUUAAAAAAAAAAAAAACGAAAAAGCAGCUGUUACACGCAAGUGUAUCUUGCCAAAUGCCUAAAAUCAGUCACGGUCACAUCCUGUCAUCCGUCCCCGGUCUUUAAAGAUGCUGUCGAUGAUGCAAAUGCAGCAGCGAGCGUGGUCAGCGUGUCUCUCCAUAAUCGGUACUUGUGCAGAACGUGCGACGUCCCCCUAAACUGUGCGUGGUCUGGAGGCGGAUUCACGGAACGGGAGAACCAGACGCCCCAGCCCGCUUCUGGCCUCCGCGUCCUGCCGCAGCGGGAGCGUCCUGGUGCCGCCAUUGGCCGCUGGGCCUCGCCAGCCUGUCCACUGUAUUCUGCGGGCGCGCUCUGCCUGCCUCUGCGGCUGUGACUCAGCACCACGGCACCUCGGCUGUGCUCGCCGUGGAGGCCCCGGGCCCCUCAGCUGUGUGUCCUGUGGAGAGGACGCAAGCGUACCAAAGACACGUGAGACCAGCGGGCUGCCACCUGGCCUGCGCGCCAGCCCUUCGUGGCCUGAGGGUUCUGUUAGCCAUCCUUAAGUGUGAAGCGAACAACCUGCUUUCACAAUAGCUAGUGCUACACCACUGCUUCUUUGGGAUCUUUAUCACCACUGGGAUGUGAGCCCUGACAGGUCGUUCGGCACUGACUUCCAGGCACCACGAAGAAGACAAGGGUCCAGUGAAACCUAAAGGCCCCAAGAUGUUGCACAGACGCCUGGCAGGGGAAAGCUCUGCUGCUUUUUUGGGAUUUGCACAUUUAAAACUGUAUUUAUAAAAGAGGGUCCCAUAGCUAUUGUAAUGUCACCGUUAUUCCUAAGAAAGCGACCCUGCUGAGGCUGGACAUCGGUGGGUGGGCCCAGCCACAUGGGCUGCCGUGAGGGUGCUUGUCACGUCUCUCCUGCGCAGCUCUUUCUCGAGAGGAAUGGGGUCCACAGACGGGAUGUCAGAAAGUCCCUCUCCCUGGAGUGUCCAGGGGCAAAAAUCCAUGGCCACUCAGUGGGGAGUCCUGGGACGGGGCGGGCAGUGUGUUCUACUCUGCGCAUUUAUGUCUUCUGUAAUGGACCGCUCUUCUCGGAGUCUGGCAAUGUUUGGAGCGCCCUUUAGCCACGCAGAAUCGCACAGUGUGAAGCAGCAUCAUUUCAUGGCGGAUAAGGAUGUGAUUGUGGGUACUACAGCGAAUCAGCCCAUCAGACUGAGUUUUGGGUGAGUGUUGGACGACACUGUCGCACAGCUCAAGCCAAGGACAGAAGGGCAGACAGGUAGAAAGAUGUAGCCAGUCGAGUGACCAGGAUCACUUUAAUGUGCACUGAAUGUCUUCAGGUAUUGUGUAUGUAAAAGGCCAUGUGACAAGAUUUAUUUUGACUAUAAAAAGAGUUUAUAGAUGAAUGCAAGGUGCCUCAUGUAUUUACAUGCUUCCUAGUUACAGUUAGACAAACCCCACUUUGGAAGAAUGCACAAAUGGCUAGUUAAGUAGCAAGAGAUCUCUCUCUAUAUAUCCAUCUAUCUAUCACCUAUCAACCAUCUAUUAAUUAUCUAUCCUUCCUCACCCCAACGACUUAAAUAUAAAAUUAUUUUUCAAAUGUAAAUCAUUAUCAUGUGCCUUUUGGGAGAUGUGUUUGCUCCGGAGGUAUAGAGUUUGUAAUAAUCCUCAUUGAUAAUAACCUUCACAUGGAAUGGGGUAAAAAGUGGGUUUUUUUAUUUACAGAUAUUAUGAUUUGGGGGAAUACAGUAGCUUCAGUGUUCUAUUCUGGAUAUCGAUCUUCUCUCCCUUAAACUUUCUUAGGGCCAUUUGUGGAAUUCUUUGACAAAUGUAUAGUUUCAGUGGAUGGUUUCAGGAAGUAGCUACAUGUGUACUCAUGGUUGAUUUUUUUCUAGAGCAUUGCAUCUAAAUAUUUAUGACCUUCUAUCUACUGAAGUAGGUAGAAUGAACCCAUAGCACUAACUACAAGCACAGCUUAAUUUCCUUUUAAACAUCCAUUUUGGAAAGAAACGUUCAGUAGUGAUGUCUACAUGCCACAAGUCACCGUCGGGUCAUCCCUAGGCAGAGGCGAGCAGCACGCUGGCUUCCACGUUUCAUUGUAUGCCUUUUCCCCUCUCUUCCUAAGGUUUACUGUGAACGUAAGCCUUCCGAUUGACAGCCCUGCUGCCUGAGAUGUGCCGCAGGAAACACUGAGGUCUCUGGGUUAGCAGAGGAGGGUGGACACCAGGGCAGGCCUAGGGACUGGACUGGCCGGAUUAACUGUCCCCUGGGCCCAGCCCCUCUUCCUCCAAGUGGGAAGAGGCAUCCCCCCUGCAGCCUGAACAGAAAGAGGCCGUAGCUCCCACCCAGGCAGCACGGGAGGGCUUCAGCUAGUAGCUGCUGUGUUUCAGGCAAACUCGGACGCUCACUGAGGAAUAACCUGUCCUUAGGGUUGUUCUAAUAACGUGGACUUCAAAUGCCAAACUUGGUUUUAGUUUGAUCUUGGUGCUUUAUCAAGGUCUGCACUUUUCUCGCUUGCUUUAAAAAAGCUUUUAAAAUCCCAUUGUUAAAUGAGGCCGGCCCUGCAUAGGACGUCUGACCGUGAGAUUGACGGGGUUUCUAAAGAAGUGGUGGAAGAUAGAAGCUCCCUGUGCUUCAGGAAGGAGUGUUUAUGUCUGGUAUCUGUAUCAGCAUCGUGCUGCUCAUUGUUUUCUGUUCAAUCCAUGCGUGUUCGCUUGAUGUAACCUUUCCAUGUCUUGAGGCUACUUUACCUGUUACCUUUUGUCUGGAUUUUGUCCUUUGAUUUUUACAGACACCUGUGGGUUAGAGGCACCAGGCCCGUUCUCUUCACUUCUGUUCACUUAUGCAUUUCAUCCAUCCAUUUCUUGUUGCCAUGUACUUCUGUCUACACACCACCUCCCCAGUUUUAUCAUGCUAAUAAAUCUCUAUCUAAAGUAAUGGCCAUUGUACUUGACCUAAAGGAAAGGGAAUUUAUUGGAAGGCAUUGAGUGACUUGCAGAGUGGUGGGAAGGGGAAAACAAAGUUCAGAAGUGACAGGAAGGAGGCUGCGCUGGAUGCCCACCUGGGUAGCGCCCUGGGGGGACUGGCAGGCGGGUGGGUGGGCAGAGAGCUGGACGAGCUUCCUGCGAAGUGCUCUGCCUCCCUUCACCUCGGGUCUGCUUUUCAUGCUCCUGACUGCCUUCGUCCCUUCACUUCUGUGUUUUCCUCUGAAAUCAUCACCUAAGUGUGUGAGGUCGGAGGGACUUCUCGUCCUCUCGGUACUAGCUGAAGGUAUAUGCAAGGCAAACAUUCUAUGCAAGGGGCUUCCUUUCGGGCUCCAUUGCUUGUUUUUCCUCCUUGGAGGUGUUUUCAGAGUAAGACUAGUCUGAGCUGGGGUGCAGCAACGUUUUUCCUCGCGGGGGAAAGCCAAGGACUAAUGUAAGCAGCGUCCAGGGUUCCCAGCCGGAGAGCAGCCUGCUCAUGGCUGAGUGGGAGCUGCGGGCCGUAGAAGCGCACCUGCUGGGAGCUGCUGGCGCCUGCUCACAGCCUGUGCCAUGCAGGGCAGGUGCGUGUCAUUCCAGGUGGGGCCUUCCUCCCACACCUGCGGACGCGAGACUUCUGUUCACGUCUUGUUCAUUGUCUUGUCAGAGCCCCCAAAGUCUUCUGGCUCAGUUUAGUAGGGAGUAUUUUUGAUGGUUAUAGACUGACAAAUUGUUCGCAUCUCACGAUGGGAUUUGACGGAUGCUUCCAGAACCUUCCUGCUUCCAGAGUAGCCCCACUGCCAGCCCCUUUAACAGCUUCCGCUGAGUAGGAACUUGCCCUGUCACAGAGGCCAGCCCCUCGGAGUGCAGAGUGGAGGUGGGAGGCACGUUUCUCCUCUCACAGUGGUGCGUUGACAUGGAUUUUGCAACUUGGGAAGCCACUGAGAGGGUCCCCAGGGUGUGAGAUCUGGGAUGGGGAGAAGAUAGGCAGCAGUGAGCUCUGGGACAGCUCAGCGGGGCUCGGGAGCAGACGACUGGGACACCCACAAGGCCCACAGCCAAGAGGCCACUUGGCUAUGCUGGGGAGCAGGGCUGCGUGCCUAAGGCAGGUCCGGUACCUUGCAGUUAGAGUGUUGACUCUAAAUAGUCAUGGCCCAGUCCCUCUGGGGCUGGUCGCGCCUGCCUGGGGUGCAUGCCCACCCCACUGUUCAUACGGGCCGGGCCUGUCCUCCUGGGGGUUGUUUCAAGACUUGCAGGGUCUUGGUCGGGACAUUAUCAUUUCAUGUUACUAGUUAUUCUUGAAAUCAGAACCAGGCAAAACGUGUGCUCUGUUGUUUUACAAAAAGGCAUACAAUGAGACUAAGCCAUCUUAAGAUAGCAAACAUACAAAAUGAUCAAUAAAGUUUCAAAGAAUUUCUGAAGGAUACUUUCCUGUCUUGUUUGAAAUACACACACACACACACACACACACACACACAACUAAGCGGCAUUUACUUGAGCUUAGCAUCCUGAUUUUUUAAGUUUCAGGCUCUGAUGUGUGUUUUGAUGGUUAAACUCCAAAAUAAUGCAAAUAGCCCCAAAUCUUUAAAUACAGUGGUGCUAAGUUAUAGCAGGUAACCACACCAUGGAAAGAGCUGAUUCGAGUAGUACACUUAGUGAUGAUACUUGAGUUCCUGCUAAAUUAUACAUGUGUUAUCACUGCCUGGUAAGAAACCCCACUUUUUUUUUCUAAUCCAGCACAAAAUCAAACUGUGAGUCUACAACCAGUGUUUUUAAUGGGUUAAAAAAAAAAAAAACCCACCCAACACUUUUGUUUUGUAUGGGAAACUUUUUUUUACACUAACUGCAAAAGUGCUUAGCAAAGGGUUUAUUCAGGACCACUCAGCAUGUGCUCCUUUUUUAACUUGCUGGAAGACCUGCCCCUCCCGAAGAGCACCCCCAACGCCACCUUCUUUCCGAAACCUAGUGUGCCACCCACACACAGCAGCCUACACGUUAGCCCAUGUAGGUCUGCACCCGUGUCUCCGCGUCUCUCAUCUGCGAGGGGUGAUGUCAUCUACAUCCGGGGGAAGCCACUGUGGUUUCACCUUCCGUGACCAGGCCAUCCUGUGUAUAUACUUCGAUGUGCAUUGUUUUGAUGUUCUUUCUGCUACUGUGCACUUGGUUUUUCUGCUACUUUACAACUCCCUGGGUUUUGGCAAGCAUCAACUUAAAUGCACAUGGUGACUGCUUUCCCGAGCAAGCGUGACUUGUUUUACAGCUGUCAAGUUACAAACCGUUCUCACGUUGUAGGCAAGCAAAAUCUCACUGUUGUUCAAGGCCACUGUAAUUUGAGGUUCAAGUUUUUGGCACAAUUUUAUUAGUAUUCACUUGUGAAGCUAGUAAGAUCCCACGGUUUUCUAUGUUACUCGCAUUGUAACAUCAAUAAAGUGACUUUCAAUAAAAGAUUUAUGUUAUUUUA